AUGUCUGAUAACGAAGAAUACAAGCCUACAGCUUCUGCUGAACACGAAGAUGACGAUGACUUUGUUGAGGAGGAGCCUGCUACAAAGAAACAAAAGAGCAACGCUGGAGAAAAACGUAAGCGUGGAGAAUCUUCAAAGGAUAGUGGAGACGGCGAGCACGUAUUUCAGCUUUCCAACAAGCGACGUAUCGCUGUGAGAGCAUUCUCAAAUGGUCUACCAUCGGUCGACAUCCGUGAAACUUACACAGACAAGAAUACGGGUGAACUUAAAUAUGGCAAAGGCAUUUGCUUGCCCUUGAAUCAGUGGGAAACUCUCAAGGAACUGAUGCCAGAUAUCGAUGAAGCCAUCAAAAAGAUCCAGAAAAAGUAG